GAGCUUUCGACCAUGAACUCGCAUUCCGACAGCACUCCUCAAAUAGACAAUGCAGAAGCUCCACCGAUAGUGCAGAAUAUACAUGUCCCUGCCUCUUCAACUCCUAACGUCGCCAGUUGUGAGACUGCAACCGAUGCGGUUCUCGGUGCUAUACGCGACUUUCUUGGGAGUGUAGGGUUGGUUAUUGCCCCGUCGCAAGGUGCAGCUCUGCAGGUUGACCAACGACCGAGACAUGUCGCUCCCCCGGAUGCCUUGUGUGCAUUCUUGACCACUAUCAAAACCAACGCGGUCUUGUCUGCAUUUUUGGAGCUAUCCACUCGAGCAAGUCAACCUGUCGAGCACCCACUAAAUAUUGAAAAAGUAAAUGGACUUCCUAUGAAACGAAAGCAAGCGGCUGAACUUUUAGAUUUGGAGGAACGAGACGCGAAAGCUGCACGACUGGAUCCUGAACUUGUGCAAAUCCGAGCAGAUAAAGCAGAGAUGGAUAAACGAAUACAGAACUUCAUCGAGACGAAGCGUGCACAAAUCAAUGCGAGUAACAGAAAGGAAUUUCUAAGACCAAAAGCAUCUGAAGAGGGCACUUGCGCUCGAGUUGAUGCCGCCCAGCUCAAUCGGACGGUGCAAAUGAAGCUAGAUGUUGUUCAUAACCUAUCCGGUCCUCUUGAGAGAUCAACACAUCGAGACCCUGCAGGCAAAAGACCCGCUAAAUAUGAGGAUACUUCGUCGCGACCACUUGACGGGAUUGAAGAGCGUAUCAAGAAUGUACAGGAACACCUUAACGUUGAAUUCGUUUCUCGAACACCUUUGGAUGCAUAUCAGCGAAUAAAGGCACUUGAGGACAGGUUGCAACAACUGGAAGCGGACUAUCCUGCGUGGGCGGCGUUUUUCUUUAACCAGCCAAACAGACAAUCGCAUCCUGUCUUACAGAUGCCACCACCGUUGACCGUCGUAACACGGACCGCAACUGGCGACCUACAUGCCUCAGUUGUACCUCCCUUACCGACAUCAAGUCGUGGGCGGACAUCUCGAUCGACUGCGGGAGCGAAAGGAAGUACUCGGACUGUGCAAGGCGCCGGGACCCGCAGCUCUAGUGGGCCGCUGGACGGCAAUCGUAACGCUGGAGUUGGAGAGGAAGACGGGCAGGGUACAUCUGGCGUUGAGAAGGCAGAUAUGGAAUCAAUAGAAAGGCGGAUACGGGCCCUAAAGGAAACACUGAUGCAACGGCAACGGCAAACAGAAUCUUAGCAAACCGACUCAUUUGCUUUCUUCUCACCCAGUCACAUAGCCGUUAGCAUGUUUUGCUGUACUCAACGAGACAUGUAUGCAUUUUCGCAGAACCCUCACCCGGAUAAUAUUUAUAUCUAUUUUAUAGCUCUAUCUGUAACUAUACAAUUCUAGGCUUCCUUGAUUUUCGCACCCGA